CAAAAGUUUUGGGUCCAAAUUUGAAGUCUACUUAAAAUUUAGAGGCGCCUCCGAAUAGUCAGAAAGAAUGGCCACAGGCGACACCACCAUCAAAGUGGCCGACCCGGAUCUCACAUCUCAGCCGCCGCCACCGCCUCCGCAGCCACAACAAGAGACACCGCCACAUCCACCGCUAACGCGUCCGGAGUCCUCCCCAAUUCCAUCCACCCCCGCACCCAUCCGCUCAAUCACCCCCGGCACUCCUACCGCCAUUAUCACCUCUCACCUGCCGGAAACUGAUGUCAUCAACGUACCCAGCUACUCCAGGUGGUUUUCAUGGAAUAGCAUUCACGAGGGAGAAAUCCGGUUACUCCCAGAAUUCUUCGAUGGAGGAUCCGCUUCCAAAAACCCUAGGGUUUACAAAUACUACCGGAACACCAUAAUUCGCCGAUUUAGAGAAAACCCAACCAGAAAAAUCAGCUUUACUGAGGUUCGAAAGACUCUAGUUGGGGAUGUGGGUUCGAUCCGAAGGGUUUUUGAUUUCCUAGAGACAUGGGGUUUGAUCAAUUACUCCGGCUCGACUUCUAGCAAGACUCAGCUUAAAUGGGAAGACAAAGAAGCAUCUCGGGCUUCUUUCCAGAGCAGCGAAGCCAAUGCAACUUCCGUGGAUAUUCAAGCCCUAAAGAAGAGAUUGUGCAGUGGCUGCAAGACCCUUUGCAGCAUUUCAUGUUUUCUUUGUGAUAAGUAUGAUAUGGUUCUCUGUGCGAAAUGCUACGUACGAGGUAAUUACAGGGUGGGCCUAAGUUCUUCAGAUUUUAGAAAAGUGGAUCUCAAUGAAGAGACAAAGACGGAUUGGAGCGAAAAGGAGACGUUGCUCCUACUUGAAGCUGUCACGCAUUUUGGGGAUGACUGGAAGAAGGUGGCUGGGCAUGUGGGUGGCAGGAGUGAGAAAGAGUGUGUGUCACGCUUUAUCAAACUUCCUUUCGGUGAGCAGUUUGUUGGGCCUCCAGAAUCUGCUGAAAUGGACUAUGAACAGAUUCCUUCCAAAAGGACGAAACUAACACCUCUUGCUGAUGCUAGUAACCCUAUCAUGGCUCAGGCAGCUUUCCUCUCAGCUUUGGCAGGAACAGAGGUUGUGGAAGUUGCAACUCAUGCUGCUCUAAAAUCUUUAUCUGAGUUUGGAAUGGAAAAAAUCAAGAGACAUCUUGAAUCUUUAUCUGCUAGUGAAGAUAACCAAGAUUCUCAGAAUGCACAGAAUGACCAAUCUGUAGAUAUGAUUGAAGGAGCCCUUGCUGAAGCACAAAUGCAACUCGAUAGAGAAGAACACGAUUUAGAGAGUGCGAUCUCCCUUGUUGCUGUUCUGAUGAAAGAGAUAGAAGAAAAGCUAGUUCACUUUGAGGAGAUUGAGCUACAAACAGAAAAGGAGACACAUCAGUUGCAACAACUGCAGAAUCAGCUGUUUGCGGAUCAGCUUAAUUUGAUAUUCAAUAAAGCUGCUGCUGGAGAGAAGAACUUGGCAAUGAAUAACAAGUCUGAAUAAUACUAGGGUCUCAUUCAGUGUCCAGAACCGGUUCUGGUUCCACCAGUAAUCCGGCGAAGAGCAGUGGGCAAUGCUACUACUAUUGGAUUUGGAGGAGGAGGAGCUCGGAUCUGCUGCACACCCAUCCACCGCGAAUCCCUGGAACUCUGCUCUGAAAGGUGCGCGUGACCAGUCAAUCUUUGACCUGCCCCCAUCCGUUGCCCAGCUCUCUCCAUUCCACAAGCUGCACUCUAUUUGCAUGGGGUGGGACGCAGGGUAUCCCACCCCUGCCUUU